GUCUUCUGCUCCAAACUCUUCAGCGACACGGAAGAAGGUGUGAGCCGCCCGCUGAUCAAAUUCGCAGGCAAUACUAAAACUGGGGCAGUGGCCACGACUGAGGAUCAUGUACUCCGGAUCCAGAAGGACCUGGACAGACUGUGGAAAACGGCAGAGGACACCAGGAUGGCGUUCCAUGUGGAGAAGUGCAAGGCUGCGCCAGGAGGUCCCGCGAGUGAGGGGGCGAUGGAGGGCUCGGCAGCGCAGCCAAGCGAGAACCGACUCGCCCGGAAGUACACGAAGAUUAAUGAACCCAUAAGAGGCACAGAACCGCCUGUGUUUAUUCUUCCACUGAGCAAGGGUGUCGGAUCUCCCUCCAGGAAGCAUCUGGGGGAGGAGAACUUUUACGUCCACACGAAAGCGAUCAUGGUGAUGGGAGCCACGGGCGCAGGGAAGAGCACGCUCAUCAACGCGAUGGUCAAUUACGUCCUGGGAGUGCAGUGGGGAGACCCGUUCCGAUUCGAGCUGGUAGACGAAACCAGUGGAAGGAAAGCUGAAAGCCAGACCUUGGAGGUGACGGCCUACGUGCUGAAUCAUCAGGAGGGUUUCUGUGUCCCCUUUUCCCUCAUAAUCAUCGACACUCCGGGGUUUGGGAGCACUGGAGGAAUGGAGGAGGAUAAAGUCAUAACAAAGAAGAUCCAGGAGUUUUUCAGCGCUCCGGGGGGCGUUGACCAAAUCGAAGCGGUCUGCUUCGUGGUCCAGGCCUCUUCGGCCCGCUUGACUGAGAACCAGAAAUACGUGUUCGACUCGGUGCUCUCCAUUUUUGGGAAGGAUAUCAGGGACAACAUCCAAGUGCUGGUCACGUUUGCAGAUGGAGAGAAGCCGCCUGUCCUGGAGACCCUCAAGGCAGCUGGUGUGCCGUGCGCCAAGGAUGCCAGCGGAGCCCCAGUUCACUUCACGUUCAAUAAUUCUGCGCUGUUUGCCCACAAUGGCACAGAGAGUGGCAGCAAAGCGAAACUGAAUGGAGUGUUCUGGGAAGUUAACACUGAGAACAUGAAGAAAUUCUUUGAUUCACUAAACAAUUUGGAAACUAGAAGCUUAACGCUGACAAAGGAGGUCCUCCGGGAGCGGAGGGAGCUGGAAACGGCCCUCGCGGGGCUGCGUCCCCAAAUCAAUAUCGUCCUGGUGAAGCUGAAAGAACUGCGGAAGACGCAGGAAGCUCUGGAUGCGCACAAGGAGGACAUGGCGGCAAACAGAAACUUCACGUUUGAAGUGGAAACAAUCAAGCCAGUGAGGAAAGACACGGAUCAGGAUGCAAAUAACUGCAGCCAGUGCCACUUCACUUGCUGCCAUCCGUGCCGGGUUCCCUGGGAUCGCCUCAAUCGCCUUUGCUUCGCCAUAGGCCUGUGGUCUGGAACAUGCAACGUCUGCCCGGGCCGCUGCUCACAGAACCAUCACUCCCUCCAAAAAUACAGGUUUACAUAUGAGGUAGUGAAAGAGGAAAGGACCUUUGAAGACGUGAAGAAAAAGUAUGAAGCGGCCUCUGGCGAGGUGAUGAGUGCAGAGAAGCUGCUCCAGAGUCUCAGCCAGGAAUGUGAGGAGGCGCAGGCAGGAUUACAGGGUCUGAUAGAGAAGGCGACUCGGAGUAUUCAGCGCCUGCAGGAAAUUGCGCUGCUGCCCAACCCGCUGUCCAUGCCCCAAUACGUCGACCUGCUCAUCAAGGAGCAAGGAGCGGACCAGAAGCCCGGGUUCGAGGGGAGGAUCCAGCUGCUGGAGGAGGCGCGGGAGGUGGCUGAGGCGGCACAGAAGAAAGCCAGGAAUGAAGGCUGGCUGCGCACUGCAGGGAAAUAUGCCAAGCGUUUGGUCGGUCUGCAGAAACCAAAGUGAGCCGGCGCUGCCUCUGCACCUUUUUCACGCUCGUCUUGCCUUCCAAUAAAACGUCCUUCUUAUUCUCUGAA